AUGUCGGCUGCGCAUAUUCAUCGCCGCCUCGAUUCUUUAGACGCGCGUCUCUCUUGGUUCUAUGCCCGUCUUCUCCUGCUCACAGGUAUCAGCUGGGCCGUGCACACAGCCGAGCUCGUGCUCUUCUUGUUCACGCGUCAGCUCGUGGCCCGCAAUGUCGGGAUGGGCACCCGCGCUCUGGAAGCUCUAGGCGUCGGUAUAUUCGUCGGCGCGGCGAUAGGCGGGCCGCUAUUUGGUUAUCUAGCAGACACUCGAGGACGGCGGUCGGCUCUGCUGAUGGCAAUGGCAUUGUCACUGACGGGUCUAUUGUUGUCGGCCCUCGCGACCAGGCACUACCAGGUCAUUAUCGCGCGGGUGGUGGCUGGCGUCGGACUCGGCGGUGAACUGCCGGCCGCCACAGUACUGGUACAGGAAUUGUCGCCACGGGCGAUGCGAGGCCGCAUGGUGGCGCUGUUAGAAGCCUUUACCGGUGUUGGUGGAGUUCUGGGCGUGGCGUUGGCCUUCGGGUUGGCGCCGCAGAUUGGAUGGAGAGCCACGUACGUAAUUAUCUGCGGGUGUGUACUGUACGUAGCUGUGCUGCGCUUCGGCGUCCCCGAGUCUUCACGUUGGCUCGCGAGUGUUGGACGAGUGGAUGAAGCGUUAAUGCUGGUGGAGAAGGUGGAGAAGGCACACGGGAAGCGCGCAACGCUGGAGAUUUGGUCACUGUGGGCGGUGGUGGCGUUGUCUGCGUACGCAUUGGGCACGUACGUCCCGACGCUCAUAAGUUUGUGGGGGUUCAACGUAUUCUCAAGAUGGAGUUCGAUGGUGCUUAUAGGUCUGGCUCAAGUGUUUGGGUGUCUACUAGUGUCGUUGCGGCAGUGGUCACGGCUCUGA